AUGAUGAUGUUCUCCUGGCCGAUAGCGGCCACGGCGGCCAAUCUCAUUGAGACUAGCCAACUGCGCAGGAGAUAUUAUAGUGCACAAGUGUACGCGCAGACACAACGUGCACUCUCUAUUCCUAUCACUCUCAUACUCCAGUGGGACCACUGCUCGACACGAUCAGUGAGAGUUAAGGCGCAAGACCGAACGACGGCUUUACGUGCUCUCCGAGGUACAGGGGUGAAACACCGCCAACUUCCCAACUCCGGGCUGUUACUGAGACUUACAACACAGAAAGACUCAAUAACUAAAUAUGGCCCUACCCGGGACUCGAACCCAGGUCCUCCGAGUGCGAAGCUGUACAUACUAGCCACUACACCACCGAGGCAGUUAAAUAACAUAUUA